GUCGGCUUAGCGAUUGAAAUAAAAAAGUUUGGAAAUCUGCUGAGUAAACAUCGUUUUUAGGAAAACUAAAAUAAUCAUGGGACUUUUAACUGUUGGUACUCCGUUAAGUUGGGAGGAUACAAAAAAGUACGCUGAAAAAAUCAAGAAACACGGAAUAUUACAAUUUAUCAAUCUAUAUAAGAAUCUCAAAGAUCGCCAACGUGAUACUUUAAAAUGGGGCGACGAGAUUGAAUAUACGUUAAUAUAUAUUGAUCAUAAGAACAAGUCAGCUCGGUUGCUCUUAAAAUGUAGUGAUAUUCUGCAUGUUUUACAAGAAGAAGAAAACAACAACCCAGGUUCUAAUCAAAAUGCAUGGAGGAUGGAGUAUGCAGAUUACAUGGUUGAAGGUACACCAGGGCAGCCAUUUGGAGGAUGUUUAAAGCAAUUUAACAGAGUUGAAGCUAGUAUGAGGUCAAGACGUGAAGAAUUAAUGCGUGUUCUUAAAGAAAAUGAAACUGUUAUUUGCUUUGCUUCAUUUCCUAGAAUUGGUUGUCCAGGUUUUACUGAGCCAAUAUUAGCAUCUUCUCCUGCAUUAAAUCCUUCUUCUAAUUCACUUUACUAUCCUGAUCGAGCUAUUUACCCAUCACAUCCCAGAUUCAAGACUCUAACAAAAAACAUACGCAGCAGAAGGGGAUCAAGACCAAGCAUAAAUAUACCAGUAUUUAGAGAUAUAAAUACACCUGAACCAUAUAACCAAGAUAUACCUAAUGAUGAUGGUGAAGCCAAAUUAGCUGUUUUACCAAAUCAUGUAUACAUGGACUGCAUGGGAUUUGGUAUGGGCUGCUGCUGCUUACAAGUUACAUUUCAAGCUUGCAACAUAAAAGAAGCCAGGAUGCUUUAUGAUCAACUAACUGUUCUUGCUCCAAUUAUGUUAGCUUUAAGUGCAGCAUCUCCAGCAUUUCAAGGUAUGCUAACAGAUAUUGAUGUUCGAUGGGGAGUCAUUAGUGCAUCUGUAGAUGAUCGCACUAAAGAAGAAAGAGGAGAAUUGCCACUUAAAAAUGACAAAUUUCGAAUUCCCAAAUCUCGAUACAGCUCGGUGGACAUGUAUAUUUCUGAAUGUUCAUCACAUUUAAAUGACAUUCCUGUUAACUAUGAAGAAGAACAUAAACAAAUGUUAAUAGAUGCUGGCAUUGAUGAAACACUUGCUAUUCACAUUGCUCACCUGUUUAUUCGUGAUCCUGUGUCACUUUUUGCAGAAAAAAUUAAUCUUAAUGAUGAAGUUGAUACUGACCAUUUUGAGAAUAUUCAAUCAACUAACUGGCAGAGUGUUCGCUUUAAACCUCCUCCCUCAAACAGUAAAAUUGGAUGGCGUGUAGAGUUUCGUUCAAUGGAGGUUCAACUUACUGAUUUUGAAAAUGCAGCAUAUGUUGUCUUCAUUGUUUUACUUACAAGAGUAAUUCUUUCAUAUAAGUUAAACUUCCUUCUACCUAUAUCUAAGGUAGAAGAAAAUAUGAAAAGAGCUAUGAAAAGAGAUGCAGUCAAAAAAGAACUUUUCUACUUUAGAAACACUACAUCAUAUGAUGCAUCAGAUGAACAGGUUGAAUUGACUAUUGACAGCAUUAUUAAUGGACAGGAUAAUGGAUUUCCUGGUUUAAUAUCGUUGAUAAGAAGUUACUUAGACUCCAUAGAUGUUGAUAUAGAUGUAGGAUGUACAAUAAAACAGUACUUAUGUUUCAUAAGCAGAAAAGCUUCAGGUAACCUGCAGACAAUGGCAUCUUAUAUGCGAAAUUAUAUUUGCUCACAUCCAGAGUAUAAAAAAGAUUCAUUUAUUCCCGAAGCAAUUAUGUAUGAUUUAAGUGUGCAUCUAGAUAAAGUAUCUCAAGGAAAAAUUGGCUGUCCUUCUUUAUUUGGCAACCCUAGCACAAAAAGUUUAAAUGUCACUCCUCCAAACUGUGUUAAAGUGUCCGAGGAAGUAGAGGAGCUUACUAAAAAAAUUCUUAGUGUAAAAAGAAUAAAUGAAGAUAAAUUAGAAGAAAGGGAUACUUUACAAGAUAAUCUUACACGAUCUCUAGGUGUUGAUGUUAUUAUCGAUUCAAAUUUGCAAAUGUAAAUGGAGAUUCUUUCCUAAAUAUUUUGCGUUAAACGCAUCUAGUUGCUGGCCAUUGUUUGUUUUAUUUGUUUUCACUGGCAUAAUUUCAAUUAUUGACUUAGAAAGCAUUAGAAGAAUAACUUGUUUCAUAUUCAAAAGAAGACAUUUUUUUAUAACUUAUUUUACAAUAGAAUUUAGCUAUUUUCAUUUUAUAUUCAAUUUUUGACUUUUUUAAACUUGCAAUAUUUUUUAAAGUGAAAAUUAAAAAUGAAUUUAGAAAUAUAAAAUAUAGUUUUUAAACAAAUAUAUAUUUGAUCGCUCUUUAAAGCUGAUGAUUUAAAACUAGAAGGAUUGGUGCUUCCAUGGUAACAUAUUUUUGUGACAUAGCGGGCACAAAUUAGGUUAUUGAAAAACAGUAUUAUGUUUAUUAUUUUAUGAUUUCACGAGAUAAGAAAAAGUUGCUAAUUUUCAAAAGUCAUGUUAACCUCUUACAAGAAGUAAUAAUUAUAAGUUUCAAAAAAAUGAAAAAAAUUGACUUUUUAAAA